AUGAAUAAGCCACAUAUUUCCACCCACAUCUUGGACACUACACUUGGCCGUCCUGCGCCAGACGUUUCGAUCAAGUUGUACAAGUUUGUUAAAAGUAGUUGGAGCUUUAUUAGUGAGAGAGGUGAAAAGGAGUGUAAAACACUGUCAAACGGCCGCUGCGAAGAUCUCCUCCAGAUAGCAAACGCAACACUGACAGCAGAUCGUUACAAAUUAAUCUUCGAAGUAAAGAAGUACUUCGACUCAACAAACACAAAUGCCCUGUAUCCAGAGAUUGAUAUUAUCGUGGAGAUAAAAAAUGCGGAACAGAAUUAUCACCUUCCAUUGUUAUUGAAUCCAUAUGGUUACAUGAGCCUUGUUGAAGACAUAGAAAGAAGAAAUGUCCUGAAGAUGUGUGCAUUACUCUCGUGA